AUGCAGACUGUGCAGUCUGUAAAAAAGCUGGACGACUUUUUUCUCGUAUCGCAGCCACAGCCUUUCAAACCCUUUUUGAGUCAUGAAAUUUUGUUAAAACACAGUGAAACACAGGUGCUCAGCUGGGAAAAGUUCCAACGGCCUGGUUGCUUGACAUUAAAGACUAUGCCAUUUGAACAAAAGAUGCACUCCUUUUUUGAGUCCACUAUUACAGGCCUGAAUCGAAUGACACAGAUGAAUGACGAAGUUUUUGGGACUUCAGGCAAAACUGAGUACGAUUUUGAGACCCUCCAGUUGUUCACGUAUGCCGAUAUAACCUACAAAAUUUGCACGAAUUUGAAGGACCAAAUGGAAGCCAUGAUAACUCCUAAUGCUGCAAGGAGAAUAGCGAAAAGAAUUGGGGGUGAAUUUAGCCUCCUCCCAUCAAUGCAUCUACAAAGGUCUGAAAAACUAGCCAAGAUCAUCGCUGGAUGUGCUGCUGAACUGCCAGGGACCGAUCUGUCUGUAACACUUUCCCACUGUGUAUCAGCAUAUUCGUGUCUGGGUCAGUCGGAACGCGAAUUUGCAAUGGAUGUUCAUUCCGAAUUGCUUUUGGUCAUUAAGGAUUUUCUCACUUCAUAUUGGCCAGAAGUACAGAAGGAGCGACGCAAACUGGAUCUCUUGCGUAUCGACUACGAUUGGGCACGCCGCAAGAAAUGGAAAAAAGUGGAUGAAAAGAAGGUUGCGAUGACGAAGCAGGACUUUGAUCGUCAGCUCUAUCUUACUCAGUUACUCCUUCAACAGUGCAAAACAACAAGGGAGAAAAUCGCAAGUGGCCUUGUGAGUAUGGCAACGGCACAGUUGCAACACUUUAAACGCUGUGAGGAGGCUAUGCUUCGUCAAAACAUUGAGGUCAACUCGGAGAGCUUCGUGCAGUAA